AUAUGUCCUGUGGUCACGCAACACAAACAUGUCUGCGCCGCUGGCAAGAAAAGCGCGAUGAAUGUGUUUCCCUGAAGUCUAAUCUAAAUUCGUAUAUCGACUUUACAGGUAUCUAUUUAUAUUCCGUCAACUUUUCUUUAAAGGUGUGAUCCCUUCUGCCAUUGAAGUCACGAAUACUUUGUUGAAAGAUGUCGUCUGGAACCGCUUUGGUUUAUGAUGAGGAGAUGACUCGCUACAAACUGCUAUGGGUUGACCCGGCUUGUAAAAUUGAGGUCCCUGAGCGUCUGACUGUCAGUCACACAGCUCUGCAGGAGGAGGGUCUGGCUGAGCGUUGUGUCUCUGUGCCUAUACGCCAGGCCACCGACGCAGAGAUCCUACUGGCUCACAGUGAGGAGUACCUGGAGGCAGUAAAGAAGACACCACACAUGAGCCUUGAUGAGCUGAGGACCUUCACCCAGCAGUAUGGGGAUGUCUACUUCCACCCGAACAUCUACCAUUGUGCCAAGUUGGCCAUCGGGGCCACUCUCCAGCUGGUGGACAGUGUGAUGACGGGGAAAGUGAGGAACGGCAUGGCCUUGGUCAGACCCCCAGGACACCACAGUCAGCGCAGUGCUGCCAACGGCUUCUGUGUGUUCAACAACGUGGCCAUCGCUGCCCACUAUGCCAAGAAACAGUAUGAUAUCAAGAGGGUGUUGAUAGUGGACUGGGACGUGCAUCACGGACAGGGGGUGCAGUUCGCUUUCGAGGAUGACCCAAGUGUGCUGUACUUUUCCUGGCACCGCUAUGAGCACCAAGGCUUUUGGCCCAACCUGAGGGAAUCCGACUAUGACAGUGUGGGCAAGGAGAAGGGUGCUGGCUUCAACAUCAACGUACCCUGGAACAAGGUGGGGAUGGAGAACAGUGAUUACCUUUCUGUCUUCUUCCAUGUUCUCCUACCCAUCGCAUAUGAGUUCAGCCCAGAUUUGGUCUUUGUGUGUGCUGGCUUUGACUCUGCCAUUGGAGACCCAGAGGGUCACAUGUGUGCCACCCCAGACAUCUUUGCCCACCUGACCCACCUCCUGAAGUCCCUGGCUGGGGGGAAACUGUGUGCUGUCCUGGAGGGAGGGUACAACUUGACCUCACUGGCCCAAUCAGUGUGCCAGACCGUCCAGACAUUACUCGGAGAUCCCGCCCCCCAAACGUCAGAACUGAACGGCCCAUGUGAGAGUGCUCUGGAGUCCAUUCAGUGUGUGAGAUCAGCUCACAAGCCCUACUGGGCCUGCCUCAAACACACAGUUGCCCCACCCGUGUCUGAGCCCAGCACUAAACGCUGUAAGCUGGCAGAGAAGGAAGAGGGUGUCCAGGCUGAGGGGGUGGUGUGGAUGAAGCCUCCGUCCCGGUUGGCUCCUCCGGUCCACACUGAAGUGGCACUCCCUGCUGACCUGGAGGUCCCUGACAGAUGUGACCGUGUGAGGUCAUCACUGGCCCCAACUCUUGAGAUACUGCAAAGACUAAGGGAUAACUUUUUUGAAGGGUCGGCAGAGGAGGAUGCUCUCAUGUCUCUCUGCAGCGUCAUCGCGCUCUUUGAAAAGAUGAAGAAACAAGAGAUUCGUAACGGUCUGGCGCUGGUGCCUGAUGUCUCCGUGGCGAUGCUGUGUGCCGCGCAGCAUGCUCGGAUGUCUCUCACCAACCGGUUAUUGCUGGUGUACCUGGGGGAUGGGGAGAUCCCGACGUACGUCACUGAGGACGGGAAAGCACUAAUGGUGCAGAUCAGCAGUAAGGAGCCAGAGGAGCAGAAGUCCAGAUAUCAGGUUUCUGUGUCUCUGUUAAAGGGCUGCAGUGAUGUGGCAGGGUUGAUGCAGGCUGUGCUGUGCCUGCUCCUGCCUCUGGCCUAUGAGUAUGACCCUGGGCUGGUGCUGCUGGUGCGGGGGCCAGGCAGUGGGGUGGGGAAGGCAGCCUGGGCACAGAUCACCAGCCUACUCCAGGGCCUGGCACAGGGCCACACACUUGCCCUUUUACAGGAGGGUGAGGAGGAGGCUGUAGGGACCACGGCAGCCUCUCUGCUGGGGGACCCUGCUCCCUCUCUGGGGCCCCUGGGGGCCCCGCUCCCUGAGGACAUGGAGGCCAUGGAGAGACUGAGACAGAGGCUGCAAACACACUGGGGACUUCUGCAGAAUGCAGCUGCAAAGGGGAAAGAAGUCGAGGAAAAAGGACAGAACCAGGACUGAAGUCUCCACACCAAUUGGGUUUGUGACCAAGGGAGAAAAUCCAUCUCCCAGGCAUCCACUUUUAUACUGUUUGUAAUUUUGGUCAUUAAAAACAAU